AUUGUAUCUUCUUCACCGAUCCCACCUCAACUCGUCACCUUCAUCUGCCAUUUUCUCCGAUCGCCUUCCACAAUCCUAAACCACCAAGCUCAAAAGGCCAAUCUGAAUCAAGUUUUCCGGUACAAAAAUGCAAGGAUUUUCAGACGGCGGCGCCGAUUUGGCCCAGCUUCAGUCCACCAUGCACACCAUCGAGCUUGCUUGCUCUUCCAUUCAGAUGCAUAUCAAUCCUGCAGCAGCAGAGGCAACUUUGUUGUCGUUGAGCCAAUCACCUCAACCAUAUAAGAUAUGCAAAUACAUCCUUGAAAACUCUCAGUUGGCAAAUGCAAGAUUUCAGGCUGCAUCAGCCAUUCGAGAUGCAGCCAUGAGAGAAUGGGGUUCUCUCCCCCCUGAGGACAAGAGAAGCUUGAUAAGCUUCUGUCUGUGCUUUGUUAUGCAACGUGCUAGUUCACCUGAGGGCUACGUUCAAGCAAAAGUGUCUUCUGUGGCUGCUCAGUUGAUGAAAAGGGGCUGGCUUGAUUUUGCGGCAGCUGAAAAGGAGGCAUUUUUUUAUCAGGUAAACCAGGCCAUUAUUGGUAUUCAUGGGGUUGAUGUACAAUUCAUUGGAAUAAAUUUCUUGGAAUCUUUGGUUUCUGAAUUUUCACCCUCUACAUCGACUGCAAUGGGUCUUCCAAGGGAGUUCCAUGAGCAGUGCCGCACAUUAUUGGAGCUGGACUAUUUGAAGACAUUCUACUCUUGGGUACGAGAUGCUGCUUUAGGUGUUACAAACAGGAUAAUUGAAUCUGAUGCUGAGAUACCUGAGGUUAAAGUUUGUACUGCCACUCUACGUCUCAUGCUUCAAAUCCUGAGCUGGGAUUUCCGAAACGAUUCAAGUGGCAUGAAAACUGGUAUUAAUGUUUUCUCAGCCGGAGUUAGACCUGACAGUGAAUCUAAGCGGUCCGAAUGUAUCUUGGUGCAGCCUGGGCCAGCAUGGCGUGAUGUUUUAAUUUCAAGUGGCCACAUUGGCUGGCUUUUAGGCUUGUAUGGAGCACUGAGACAGAAGUUCUCCCGUGAUGGUUAUUGGAUUGACUGCCCUAUAGCUGUCUCUGCCCGAAAACUAAUUGUACAAUUUUGCACUUUGACAGGAACCAUAUUUCCGUCAGAUGAUGGGCAAAUGCAAGAGCAUCAUUUAUUGCAACUUCUAUCUGGGAUACUAGCUUGGAUGGAUCCUCCUGAUGCUGUUUCACAAGCCAUUGAAAAUGGGAAAAGUGAAAGUGAGAUGCUUGAUGGCUGCCGUGCAUUGUUGGCAAUGGCAUCUGUAACAACACCUAUCCUUUUUGACCAACUCUUGAAAUCCAUAAGGCCUUUCGGCACUCUUACCUUGCUGUCCACCUUGAUGUGUGAAGUUGUUAAAGUUCUUAUGAUUAAUUUCACUGAGGAUGAGCCUUGGAGCUGGGUGGCAAGGGAUAUCCUGUUAGACACCUGGACUGCAUUACUUGUGCCCAUGGAUAGUACAGGUGGGAUUCCAUUGCUUCCACCUGAAGGGAAACAUGCUGCAGCUAAUCUUUUUGCCUUGAUUGUAGAGUCUGAGCUAAAAGUGGCUUCUGCAACAGCAGCCUAUGAUGAUGAUGAUGCUAGCUACCUUCAGGCUUCCAUUUCUGCCAUGGAUGAGAGGUUAAGUUCUUAUGCUCUCAUUGCAAGAGCAGCAGCAGAUAUCACAAUCCCUUUACUCACAGGAUUUUUUGCUGAGCGGUUUGCACAACUUAAUCAGGGCAGGGGCAUUAGUGACCCGACUGAAACACUGGAAGAACUUUACUCACUGCUGCUGAUUUGUGGUCAUGUACUUGCUGAUGAAGGGGAGGGAGAAACACCUUUGGUUCCAAAUGCUAUACAAACUCAUUUCACUGUCACUGAAGCAGAAAUGCAUCCUGUUGUUGCUUUAUCUAGUUCGAUUAUAAGGUUUGCUGAGCAGAGCUUGGAUCCAGAAAUGAGAGCUUCAAUUUUCAGUCCUCGGCUUAUGGAGGCUGUUGUAUGGUUUCUUGGAAGAUGGUCUCAUACAUAUCUAAUGUCUCCCGAAGAAACUAAAGACAUUAACUACAAUUUCAGUCAUAAUUAUGAGCAUCAACAUCAGUCACUGCUCUCCAGAAAAGCUUUGCUUAGUUUUUUUGGAGAACAUAACCAGGGAAAAGCUGUCCUUGAUAUUAUGGUGCGCAUCUCUGUUACCACCUUGAUGUCAUAUCCCGGGGAGAAUGACUUACAGGGGCUGACUUGUCACCAGUUACUUCACUCACUUGUACGGCGAAAAAAUAUUUGUCUUCACCUUGUUUCACUGGAUUCCUGGCGCAACCUUGCAAAUGCUUUUAGUAAUGAAAAGUCAUUGUUCUUGUUGAAUUCUGCCAAUCAGCGUUCACUGGCCCAAACUCUUGUUCUUUCUGCAUCUGGAAUAAGAAACUCAGAGGCCUCAAAUCAAUAUAUAAGGGGUCUGAUGGGUCCUAUGGCGACAUAUCUAGUGGACCUCUCUAACAAGAAUGAUCUCAAAAGUAUUGCUCAACAACCAGAUAUUAUCUUAUCGGUCAGUUGCUUGUUUGAGAGGCUCCGAGGAGCAGCCAGUGCUGCAGAACCUAGAACCCAGAGAGCCAUUUAUGAGAUUGGCAUCUCUGUAAUGGACCCUGUCCUGCUUCUGAUUGAAGUUUACAAACAUGAGUCUGCAGUUGUUUAUCUGCUGCUUAAGUUUGUUGUUAACUGGGUGGAUGGACAAAUAUCCUACCUAGAGGCCCAGGAAACUGUGAUUGUCAUUGAUUUCUGCAUGCGUCUGCUUCAGCUGUACUCAUCUCAGAAUAUUGGAAAGAUAUCAGUAAGUCUUUCAAGCAGCUUACUUAGUGAGGCAAAGACUGAGCAGUACAAGGAUUUGCGUGCUCUUCUUCAACUUCUUUCAAGUCUUUGUUCAAAAGACCUGGUUGACUUCUCGUCAGAUUCAAUUGAUGCACAAGGCACAAAUAUAUCUCAGGUUGUUUAUCUUGGUCUUCAUAUUGUGAACCCUCUGAUAUCAUUGGAACUGCUGAAAUACCCCAAGCUUUGUCAUGAUUAUUUCUCUCUUCUAUCACAUAUGUUGGAGGUUUAUCCUGAGACGCUUGCUCAGCUAAAUGGUGAAGCCUUUGGUCAUGUCCUUGGGACUCUUGACUUUGGUCUUCACCAUCAGGACCCAGAAGUAGUCAACAUGUGCCUGGGAGCUCUGAAAGCUCUCUCUGCUUACCACUAUAGGGAGAUGGCUGCUGGUAAACAAGGCUUGGGUUCACAUGCUGCUGGAAAUGGAAAUUUGCAGGAGGGAAUUUUGAGCCGGUUUCUUCGUUCAUUAUUACAGUUGCUCCUUUUUGAGGAUUAUAGUCCAGAUCUGGUCGGUGCUGCAGCUGAUGCUCUUCUUCCAUUGAUUCUUUGUGAGCAAGGCCUAUACCAGAGAUUGGGUAAUGAGUUGAUUGAGAGGCAAGUGAAUCCUACCCUCAAAUCAAGGCUGAUGAACGCAUUGCAGUCUCUCACAACCGCAAAUCACGUCUCUUAUACCCUAGACCGUGUGAACUACAAGAGAUUCCGGAAAAACCUAAACAAUUUUUUGAUAGAAGUUCGUGGAUUUUUGCGGACAAUGUGAUGCAAUACAUAUUGUGUGAUGGUGCAAAACUACUGUCUCGUUCUUUGUAUAACAGUACAUAAAAGUUUUGUCAUCUCAUUCUUGGGAGGUGGGAGUGGGAGUGGAAAUCCCAUCUCGAUAAUCAUUUUAUCAGUCUGACGUUUGUGAAUAUUACAAUCAUUGAAUAGAAGAGAGGAUGUAGAGAGUGAAUGAUCUAUCUGAUUGAAUCAUUGAUAGCACCAUAGCUCAAGAAAUGCAGUAUAUGCAGAGAUUAUGACAGAUUGAGAGUUAAAUAAGACAAUGAAUGGUUGAUUUUUGGCCUUCUUUUGCUCUCUCAGCCCCAGUAACCUUUGGCUCUUUGAGCCCCAGUAACCAGACUUUAGCACUCCGAACGGGGUUAUAUAUGGGUAAGUCUGACUUCUGAUUGACAUGGUGAGUAAAAUCUUGUUAUUUUA